AUGGAAGCCCCGCCUCUGCGUGGGCGCCUUGAAGGAAACAUGUUUUAUAGAAAGCUGUUGCAAGUAACACGAGCAGAGAAUGGUGCAAAGUACACAUAUGAAGCCCAGUGUGCAGGUGGCAGUGGUGUUGGUGGUGGGGGGGUAGGGGUGGCCAGUGCCGCACCUUUUCCAUUUUCAGUCGUGGACUCUCCUCAGACAAGACUUUUCCAGUCCCUUUCUCCAACUGAGCGGACUGCAGUGCUUCAUAUGGCACUUACUGGCCAAGUUGCUAAUAAAUUGAUGAUACCUGGUCAAGCAUCUCAAGGUCGCUUGGCUGAACCCCAGGUUUUGAUACUGGCACUCCAAUUACGCUACUGGAUAAGGACUCACUGGCAACUAACACCUGAACAGAUACAUGAGAUUGAGGAAACAGGCAAAUUAUGUAAUAAUGAAGGAGUGUGCAUUGACUUCGGUGGCGACUGGGGAAGUAACUGCUGUCCAUUCGGCUAAGAUUCUGAUUCUGGGAUAUUACAAGGGAAAAUGCCUGAGCAACUUCAAUGGAUAACAGUUGCAGCCUUCCACAAUGUUAAAUGAAAGACAGAUCACACAUGAUUUUAAAAUAAAUUUCCAAACAA